GUUUUACCUGUCCUUCGAGAACUCUUUCUGCCAGAGCUAUGUGUCUGAGAAGUAUUUCAAGCUGUUUGAAAACGUGGAUGUCAUCCCUGUAGUGCGAGGAGGGCUGGACUAUAAGCGAUACCUGGCCAGGGGCUCCUUCAUUGAUGCCUCGGACUUUCAGAGUGCUCAAGACUUGGCGAGAUAUCUUCUGUACCUGAGCAAACACCGGAAGAGAUACACCCGCAUGCUGGAGCUCAAGGAUAGGUGAG